GUGAAUGUAAUAUGCUGAUUAAUUGAUAAAAUUCAGUGAUAAAAUUUGGUCGAGUGGUAACUACUGAAGAGAUGGGGUUAUUGACUCACACCUCUGAAGGAACUGGUAUCAGUGACAAGGGAACCAGUCCAAAUAAUAAGCGUUUUUGUUUAUCUAAUCAAAUAACGCCGGAUACAUACGAAAUAAUGAACACAAAAAUAAAUAUAGUUGGAGGUCAAUUGAAAAGUGAGCAAUCAAAACGUAAGGAUUUCGUAGUUUACUUAAGUACUGACGAAAUUAACACUUGUUCAUCUCACUUAACUCUUAGACAUGCAAUCAAGUAUACUUUCAAAGUUUAUCACCACAAGUAUCAGUUUUUUGUGACUAAUUCAUAAUUGUCCAGAGUAAAUUGUUACUAAAAAAUGGUUAAGAUUUCAUGUAGUAGAUUGAUAAAAUCAAUGGGUGGAUGAUUUUCAUUUGAAUCCUAG